GAUGGAGGACGGAAGUAUCAACAAUGGGUUUCCCGAGCAUCACAUGAAUUGAUUGAUAUGUUUCUACCGAUAUGCAUCAUUUAAUUCAUUAAUAAUUAUGCAAAGUUCGUCUUCUCCAUGAUGUAACACACUAAUCUAAUGAUACUAUGUUGAAAUUAUACUACUAAAAUGGUGAAGAUAGCUGUGAUAGGCGCUGGGUUGCUUGGGAUAAAAAUCGCAGGUGAGCUGGCAUACCAUGGCCAUCGUGUUAGGAUCCACGACUCUAACAUAAAGAAUCUUAACAGUGUAUUCCAGCGAAUGGAGGAGGAUAAAAAGAACCUGAGAGAGGAGGGAGUAUUGCUUCAUAAAAACUUCAUUGGCCAGGUCCUAUGUAUGAGCCGGCUAGAGGAGACAGUCUGUGAUGCUGACGUUAUAAUUGAAUGUGUUCUUGAGGACCUUGAGGUGAAGAAAGAUCUCUUUGAAAGAAUUUCUCACCUGUGUAAGCCAGAGGCAGUCCUGUGCAGCAAUACACUGCGGUUGAAGAUGGAUGAUAUUGUUCAAAGGACAAACAAUAAAGAGAGGACGAUGGGUCUGCGUUUCUUGUUCCCCGUGUACUGUAUACCGGAGGUAGAAAUCACACCCAGCUCAUUCUCCUCACAGAAAGCCAUUCAGAAAGUACGGAUCAUGCUGGAGAGGAUGGGGAAGACUUUGUUCUUCAGGUCUGGUGGGGAGCCCCUCAUUUUGUCGGAGGAACAGCGAGAGGAGCGUAAGAAAGCUCGUCUGGAACAGAUCAAGAGCUCGUCGGGAGUGGGCCACCUGUUUGAGAGUAUGAUUCCUGCCUUAUCGCACCAGGGCAAUGUCCCGCAGGACGAGGAGAAGAAAAAGGGCAUGGAAGAGGAUCGGGACCCGGACUGUGCCAUCUGUAUGGACCGAAUGCGAGACUGCCUCCUCUGUCCCUGCCACCAUAUGAUCACGUGUUACGAAUGUUCAAAGAUGCUCCAUAAUCGGCGGGAUGGGUGUCCAGUAUGUCGGAAGGACAUUACAGAACUUAUCCGGGUCUAUCACUCAUAACUACUGAACUCUUGUGAGAAUUUUUACAAAAUUCUUUGAGGAUGUUAACAACAGAAGGGGACAUCAUCCAAGUGAAAUGACCACUGACCAUCGAAGGGGCGUCAGCAUGGUUCCUGAUACAGAACUCUUUUGGAGGAUGCCCCACUACCUUUUUGAUAAAGGGAGGACAAACACUAAGAAAUGAAGUUUGGAAAAGAUGUGAUUUAUCUGUACCUUCUAAAUUUACCUCUGUUACAAUAUUGUGUACAGUCGUGUUCAUAGGAUUAUUGUAGUGUUUGUUUUACUACUGUUUUAAUACAGUAAAGAAAUAAUUUAUUGUUGAGUGAACAAAGACAAUUCAGAAGAUGAUACUAAAUUGUACUGAUGCAGGAUCAAAAUGAGGAAUGAUAUGUACUUAAAUAUGUAGGUAGCAGUAAAGGGAUGAUUUCAAUGUACAGCUGUACUUAAAUAUGUAGGUAGCAGUAAAGGGAUGAUUUCAAUGUACAGCUGUACUUAAAUAUGUAGGUAGCAGUAAAGGGAUGAUUUCAAUGUACAGCUGUACUUAAAGAUAACAGGCAAUUUUAAUGUAUAUAGGAAUUAACUUAUGUUUUAGCAUUACUUCAUGGGGAAAUUCUUGCGAUAUAUAAGUAAUUGUCUAUAUAUUCUCACAGAUACAUGUAUAUGACGUUCAGGGCAAUGAAAUAAAGAGACAUGCAUAAUAAUUUUUACAAAAAAAAAAACAAUAGAAAAAUUAUGCCAUUUACUUUAUGGUUUGGUCAUAAAUUUCAAAUUGUGGUUGUGACAUGGGAAUCACAAAGCAUCGUAUUUGUUGUUAAUAGCAGACACUCGCAGUAUGUGGGAGUUACCCCCCUUUACACACGCUUCUAUAUGCACUGUGUGUGUGUUUAUAUUUACUGCCUAGGAUCCAAAUCAUAGCAGAGCACUUAACUAAUAGAAUUCUUUAUAUUGUUUUAAUGUGACAAGUAUGUAUAUUAGGCUAGCUGUUUACUUGUUUCAGCAGCAUCUAGUCUGUAGAUGUAAAUAAUAAUCUGGUGUUGUAUUAACUUGUAUACAUAUUGAUUAAGAACAAAUUUCCAGAAUAAUAGGUAUUUCAGGUAAAUGAAGAAAGUAACCGACACACAUUUACCAGCUUUUACUUUACAGGGUGUACCCAUUCAACCCUGCAGACUUCCUCCUGCUGAAUUAUGAUAAAAAGUGCAUCCUAACACUUUGAUGUGUAUAGAAUAAAAACAUAAACAAAGGCUGUACUGACAUGCCCAUGUAACAAGAUAUAACAGCACUCCCAAGAUUUUACAUUGUGUCUUUGUCACUGUUUUCAGCCAACCAUGAAUUAUUUAAAACAAAACAAAAACUUGUUCAAAGUUACUUUUUUUGUUUCCAUGGCUUCACUGUGAUGUGUGUAGAUAUGGAUGAAUGAUCACAGUUAAUAGAUCUAGAUGUGAAACUUCAGAUAAUCACCUGUAGCCAUCUACAAGACAAUAUCACUUAAAAUUUUAAAAAAAACUGUGGAUAUUAAAUGGAGGGAAUUUAACAUCUGUGAAUAGCUGAAUUGUCUGGUCCAUCAGGCAGCUGUCGUGUCUAGUCCAUCAGCUAGCAUUUGUGACCAUGCUGAAAAGUUGAUGAUUAUCCACAUGCUAAAGUUAGCAUAGUGAAGUGGGACGUGUAUACGAGGAUGGCUGUUUGGCGUGAAUCAAAGCCUGGUGAUCGGUUAUACCAGUCGCUGUUAACAAUACCUUACCAGUGUUUCAUUGUCUUAUGUAGAAGUAAGUUUGCUUGACUUCAACAUUUCUGUAUUGUCAUCUUUCAAUUUCUUAAUCAUGUGCAGACAGAUGAUCUUCACAAUAUUCUAACCCGAUUGUUAUAUUUGUAAAAACAAAUUAGCUGGUCUAUCACAUUGUGUUACAUAUAUUUCAGGCAUUAAUUCCUGUGAUGGGAAGUAAAUAAGUGAUUAUCAUCGGGAAAUCAAAUACCUAAAAAUUGGUUUUAUUUGGAGUUUUACUGUUUCUGAAAUUAUUAUGCAUCAUGAAAUAUUGUCCGUUAUAUCUUACUGUUAAGAAUAAGCUAACAAUUAGGUUUCAGUAAACUGAUGUCAGACAUCUUAGAAUUUAAUUAAAGAUAAUGACAAAGUGUUUAUUGAUACUACUAGCUACAUUUAAGGUGUUGUCUAUUUAGAUAUUAAAAUUUGUUUUGUGUUUUGUUUUUAAUGAAUAAAAUCAUUUUGACUUGCUAUCCUUUCAUUAGAGAUUGAUGAUCACGCCAAGGCUUGCACUUUACACAUUAUAUCUGCGAGUUGUACCGUAGUUAUAUUCAAAUACUUUAAUAAGUAACUACCCUACACAUUAUACAGACUGCGACUUGUGUUGGAGCUACCUUCAUGAUCUGAUUUAGAAUUAAUGGAAAUACUGUUAAUACAAACCUAUCGGUUAAGAUUCAUUAGAUAACAGACAAAUGUGUUUAGUGUUGAAUUCGUUUAGAACUGAAGAAACAAGAUACAUGUUUCAGUAGGGUAGUUUAAAAACUUCAUGAUAGGUAUCGUAUAUUUCCUUUGAAAUGAUAACACGUGGACUAAGAUGUAUCUGUGAUAUUUGUUAACUAUUUGUAGCGGCAUUGUCACUUUUUGUGUCAUUUCUAUAACUAUUUAAGUUGUUAUCGAAAAAUAAACAUUUAUU